AUGAAAUUGAAGAUCACUCCAGAAUACCUGUCUGCAUUGCCAGACACAUCGAAAUUUCGUAUCUUUGUAGGAACAAACUACGUGCCGAGUGAUGAUGAAAUCAGCGAACUCCGCGAGGUCCUCAAGGCUCCACAGGCGAGGCUAGAUGCUAUCGAUGUCGAGAUCGACAAGGUUUUCCGUGUCUACAACCAACUCGCCAAUCACCGCCAGACUCUGUCGAAGGAAAUCGAGGAGGUCCGAGCGUUAAUUUCCCCCAUGCGGCACCUCCCAUCCGACAUCCUUCGAGAGGUAUUCAUCCAAACCCUCCCAGAAAGUGAUGCGAUAAUGAAGGCCAAUCGCUGCCCAUUACUUCUCACUCACAUCUGUCGUUUCUGGAGGGACGUCGCGCUCUCCACCCCCAACCUCUGGACCUCUCUUCAAAUCACAGUUCCGGGCAAUCCCUUCCCUUCCUCGACGGAAGAACCACCACAUAAAUUAAUAGAAUCAGCAAAUAAAAUCGCAGUCGGCAUUCGCGAAUGGCUCAGUAGAAGCGGUGCCCUGCCACUAAGUGUCUCUCUGACUAGCAAUUACCGGGGUCAAGACAGCCUUGCCCACAAACCUAUCACCGCGUCUCUCAUUCCUUUCUCUUCGAGAUGGCACAAGCUGGAGAUCACCUCGUAUGUACCCCAUAUUUCAAAUCUUGCAGCUGUAAAGGAUCUCCCAAUCUUGGAGUCAGUCAAGAUAUACUGA